AUGCUUGCACCCUCCGCUGCUCGCUGCCCCCGCCCCCGCCCGCCUUUGCAGCCCCCGAAGAAGGUUCAGAAGCACCCCUUCCCACCAUUGGUGCACCUUCUCUUGUUUCGAUACUUGCAUCAGAGCGCAGGUGCUGGCGUGUCUGAUGCGGGGCUCCCGCCCCCCAUGCGCCCUGCCGGGCGCCAUUGCCCUUGA